UGGUGUUUUUCUGUGACGCAGGGUCAAACAUUUUCCGAGAAAAUCCUUUUUUCUGUUUCUUUUUUCACGAAAGGCAGCGCGUAACAGCGUUGCCACAUUUUUGCCGGCACCCAAGGGCAUUUUCAAACUUUCUCCAAAAAGUCCGCGGCGCGGCUCUGCUGGACUAAUUGCAGCCCCAAACUUUCCCUAAUGAGCCGCUGUGAGUGUGCGGCAUUGGCCGAGCGCCUGUGGGGUCGGGCGCAGGUGGUCGUGCCGGCUUUCAAUCCGGUGGGAUGUCGGUCAGUCGUACAGAUGUGAAGGUGUUCUCAGGAUCUCCCUCCCUCUCCAUCUCCCUGUGUUUUAUGUCUGCGUCACAACAAGUCGAAGGAGAGAGAGGCAGAGAUGAUGAUGGCGUCUCUCUCGGGCUGAUUCUCAUGCCGCUUCCCUGACAAACACGCUUGAUAGCAUCAACGGAGAGACAGAGGAAGGUUGGGAACAUGAAGGGAAGACAGACAGAGAGAAAGACGGACGGACAGACGGUUGCGCACUGACGGCUUGAGUGACGCGCGUUUGAUCCACCGCGACUCUCCAAACCCGCCGAUUAUUCGGGACAGUGAUUGAGACGCAGAACAACACCGGGCAUCAGGCAUUUCAUGUGAGACUGACAUCUCUUCCCCGUCUCUGUGACCCCAGCAGAGCAGAACACUUAACACAGGAUGGGGGGAGUCAGUGAAGGAGAGGAUGUUUUAGCCAGGUGGAGCGAUGGACUUUUGUACCUUGGCAAUGUCAAACGAGUGGACAGUGUCAAGCAGUGCUGUUUGGUCAGAUUUGAGGAUAACUCUGAAUUCUGGGUCCUCAGGAAAGACAUCCACUCAUUCUCUUCAGGAGGAGAGGAGGUGUGCUGUAUCUGUGAUGCUCCGCCUCUUAAAGAACCUCUCGUAAACUGCCUCAAAUGUCGCCACGGUUAUCAUCCAGAGUGCCACACCCCGCCCAUUGAACCUGAAGUUGACCCCAACAGCUGGAUAUGUCGCCAAUGUGUCUUUGCAGUCGCAACAAAGAGAGGGGGAGCGUUAAAAAGAGGACGCUUCGCGCGGCUCAUGCAGAUCAUGAAAGUGCGGCUGCCCUAUCAGCUGUCAUCUCUAGACUGGGACCCGCAGCACUUGACCAACCAGCAGCAGUGUUACUGCUAUUGUGCUGGACCAGGAGAGUGGAAUCUGAAGAUGUUGCAGUGUGGGAGUUGUGGGCAGUGGUUUCAUGAAGCUUGCACUCAGUGCCUGACCAAACCUCUUCUCUAUGGAGACCGCUUUUAUCAAUUCCAGUGCUCAGCGUGCACAAAUGGUCCAGAGACCAUCCAGAGGCUUCCAAUGACCUGGGUAGAUUUGGCCCAUUUGGUGUUGUAUCACCUCUCCCUGUGCUGCAAGAGGAAGUAUUUUGAUUUCGAUCAUGAAAUCAUGUCUUUUGCAAAUGAAAACUGGGAAUCUUUGCUUCUUGGCACGCUGUCAGACACACCGAGGCAAGACCGUUGCCAAAACCUGCUCAAUGCUUUAAAUUCCCACAAAGACAGGUUUGUCUCGGGGAAGGAAAUAAAGAAGAAGAAGUGUCUCUUCGGUCUCCAAGUUCGGGCUCCUCCCCCUCUGUCAUCAGACCAAUCUCCUUUCAUCGCCGAACAGCCAAUCAACAUCACCCACAGGAGAAGCCCCACGUCACUGCCCUGCCAGCGGAGAGCGGUGGGUCCGGAGGCCCGUAAAUCAAAGCGUCGGGUCACUGAGACACAGACUUGUCCACCAGGAGUUGCGACCAACGCUAUUGACCUAGUGCCAUGUUGCCACGGUUAUGUUGAUGGAACAAGCCUGUACAACCCCAGAAAACCAGAGGAAGAGAUGAGUUUGGGCUCACCUCCCAAGAGAAUGUUUGCGCUCUAUCACCCUUCAUACAAUGGAUCUCAGGACCUGUCUAGAACUCUGCAUCAUUACAGUGCAGAGGACCCUUGUCGACUUCCAGCCCCCUGCCUUCCAUUUUCUCUGUCCUCGGGUCACCCACCCGGACAGCGAUAUGAAAACUGCCCUUCUCUCUUCCUGCGUGACGUGCCACCCUACUCCAGUACAGUCGGCAUGGGGGGGCCCACGGCCAUGGGAUGGGGGGGAGGCGACGCCGUCCGGAUCCUGGCCAGACGCGUAACGGCGGACGGAAAAGUCCAGUACCUAGUUGAAUGGGGAAAUGUGAGUGUGUACUGAGAAUGUGUGUGAUAGAGAGAAAGGGCUAGAGACAUCAAGAUGCAUCAUUAGGGUUUGCAUGGUUACGAGCAGAGGUGUGAAAGCAUCAAUGAGCAGGUGGGUGUUCUGCGGUCGUCUCAAGAGCAGCGGGAGAAGAAAACCACAUCGAGCAAAUCCAGGUUGAGCUAAAUAGCAGCUUCACUCUGAGAUUAUACUGUUAAAUCUACUACAGUUUCUUUUACAGUGUCUCCUAUAUUUUGAAUACUGUUAGAAAACGCCUUUAGAAUGCCUUGAACUUUAUUAUCAUGAUUUGUAAUGUAUAAGCUAUUCAUCACAUGUUGUUCAUGUACACAUAACGGUUAAAAUGUACAAUUUCAGGAAAGCUUUUUCAUGCGGUCACAUCAAUAAUUGUAAUAUUUUAAUGACAGGGAAAUGAGUGCUCCUCUGAAAAUAGUCAUUAAAGAAAAAUUCCAGGUUCAGUACAAGUUAAACUCAACCGACAGCAAUUAUGGCAUAAUGUUGAUUAUCACAAACAUUAAUUUCCACUUGUCAAGUGUUAAACUAUUUUAACUAUUUCAAUAGUAUAGCUAUAUAACUUAAACAACUGCACUGUAAAAAAAAUAUUUUCAUGAUUUGUUAUCACAACAUUUUUUCUUUUGUCAAAUCAACUUAGAUAAUUAAUGUGGUUCAGAUAAUAUCUUGAGUUUCUUUUGAUUAAACCAAUCGCCUUCAUUGUAUUAACUCAAAUUUUUAAUUUCAAUGAACUCAAAAUUUUAAGGCAACCAGGUACCUUACUUUUUCAAGUUAAACCAACAAUUCUUUUGAAUGAUUUAUACACUUUACAGCUCAAAAUGAUACGAUUCGCAUUUCUGCUUUUAAAUCCUCCAAAAAUUGACCGUUACUUCCAUUGUAAAUGCUUCACCGUAGUCUCGAUUUUUAUGCCACAAAUGCGGUCGAUUGACCUUAUCUUGUACUGAACCUUGGAAUACUCCUUUUACAGCAAGCAUAUCAUUCAAAUGUUUCAUGAUGGACGGCAAAUAAAACAUAAAAAAUGCAGAUAAUCCUUUUUUUUAAAAAAACAUUAAGAGAUCAUUUUUAACGAUUAAUGACAAAUUAUAGCAAUUUGUCAACAUAUGCUAUUGAGAGAGUGGAUUUAAAUGAAUAUAAGACUGUUCUAAAAACUUUAACCCUGUUAAAAUCACUGUAACUUAUAUGGAAGCCUAUUUCUGCCACAUAGGGAAAAGAAAUUGGCUUUUAAGAUGGAAAAAUCAUAAUUGUGACACAAAGUCAUAAUUAAAUAAUUAUCAAAAGUUAAAAAAAAAAAAAAAAAUCAAUUAACUUUCAAAAAUUUUUUUGUCAUAAUUGUGACUAAAAUUGACAUAAAAAGACAUUUAUGAGAUCAUGAACUCAUAAUUAUGACAUAAUUUGAAGUUUACAUAAAUUGAAAUUAUGAAAUACGUAAUAAUUAUGACUUUUCAUCAUAAAUAUGAUUUAGUAUGUCAUAAUUAUGACUUUUUAUGUAAUUUUGAUUUACCAAAGCAUGUUUUUUUUUUCUUACGUGAUAAAUAGGCUUCUAUUGUAACUCUAAUGACUUGAAUUAGCAGCAGAAAUAGGGCCUAUAUUUAAAGACGACAGAAACUGAGGAGAUUGAGUCCCUGAACAUUUAUCAGGUCCAGUACAGAUUACAUGCAGAUCAUUCUACCUGAAUAAAAGUGAGGCAGUUAGUCCUUAUGUGAAGCUCAUUUCAUCAGUGAAUGAUAAUGAAUGUAUUGUGUGUGGUCUUUUUUUAAUCCAUGGUAUGUACUUGUUAGGUCAUAGAUGGACUAAUUUCAUGUCAGGGUGACAAGAAUUAGCAGACUGUAGUCUUUUUUUUAUAGUCAAGUUUAAUUUGAUGUAUUCUUUGACGUUUUGUCAGAUUAUGUUUAUGUACUCUAGGUUGAGACCUAAAAUGUAAACAAACAAUAAAAAGAUACAAUUAUGUUGUAUAAAA